GUUCCUCUAAUUAAAGUAGCUUCGAGUAGGAAAAUUCACUUUCGUUGAGAUUGCCGCGUUUAGUGGUGGAAAUCAAGAGGCGAUAUUUAUGAUCCUCGAUGUGUAUAUAUAUAUAUAAAUGAAAGGAAAAAAUAUAUUUUUGAAUAGUGCGUUAUUGGCCAUAGUCUUUUAACGUUAAACACGUUAUAUUUAAACGUUCGUUCGCACAACAUUUUUUUGAAUAAAAUAAUUUUCGUCAACUUUCGUUCCAUUUUUUUUUUAUAAAAGCUUGUCGUUUAGGAAACUGUCGAACAAACUUGCAAGAACUUUCGAUUCUCAAUAAUUUAUUUUCAUAAUGCAUGGUAAUACGAGUUUAUAGGGAGAAACAAAUUUUUUUAAAGAAAUAGAAGUGAUAGCGUGAUGCGCACCAAUUCCCGGUGAUUCGACGCGAAACAGCCUCUAAGAUCACAGUACCUACGCAAAACAAUGUUGUCAAGUCCAGUUUAAACAGUUGCCGUACAAGUUGCUUCUGUGGAAAGAGGGAAGCUUUAAAAGACGUUGCCAAUGGAUAGAUGUCUCCAUAGUAGGAUCGGUGAAGUGUAGGAUCUAGUUGGACGUGGUACGAUCAGCGAGAUGAGGAUCGCGUGUGUGAUCACGAUUUGUGCCGCAUUUAUAUCAACAUUCCUCGGUGUAGAAACCGUGCAUUCUGAAAGGAGACAAAAGUCAAAGGCCCACUUGCUACAACUCGAGUCCGUAAAUAGUACAAAUUUCAACGUCAGCGAGAUAACGUUCACCACUCUUCAACCGGAAAAAUUGUUCAACCAGCACGAAACAUACUCGAAUACACCAAACGUGCACAAACUCGCCUCGCAAACGAGAGGCGCAGCCAAGAAUAUCUUAAGGAUUCAUUCGACUCGUUCGAUUCAACCGCGAUCGUAUCCGUUGAAUCGAUAUAAGGUGAAUCGACGUCGAAGGCAGCUUCAGCAUUCGGCCGCGAAAACAAAAUCGUACGAUAUUAAGGAGAACUACGUGGAAAAUCAACAAUUCGAAACCAUACAGGGGCCUGCGGCAGCUUUCGAGGAUGGAUCGAUUCGAAUCGAGCCUAUUUACCGAGUGAGCAAGAGCAAAAACAUCUUCGACUCGAUCGUUGACGUGAUUCAUAAAAUAAUCAAUCCAUCGAAAGCGUUGGGCCCUUUUGUCGGACCGUUCCAUUUCCCAGGCGUGGGCGACAAAGUGUACAUUCGACUUUUGGAGCCGCUUAACUCGAAGCAUCUGGUGAUACGAUUGAUAUCGCAUUCGCCGAUCACAGAGAUCCAGUCGACGUUCGAGAAAAAUAUUCUUCCGCCCAGCGAGUUGAUAGAACAUCCCGAAAUUUCCUCGAUCGAUCACGAGCCUCUUUCUCUGCCCAACAAUGAACUGUUGAAAUCGUACGGCCAGCACAGCGACGCAAUUCAUUUAUCGUCGGACAGUUUACCAUCAUCCAGUAACAAUGUAGGUAAUCAAGUCAAACUGACGAAUAAUUUUGGCCAGAAAGCCAAGAUUAAUUCCGCGGAAAAGCACAGUUUGAGAACGUAUAAGCUGAGUUUUAAACAUGGUAACGUGAACGGUAUCCAAAAAAUCAGACAUCAUAAGAGGAAUCCGUCUUCGAUAACAAAAAACAAUAUCAAUCAUAUUUCUCGUUCGAAGCAGGCCGGUGAAAUAAAUAAAGAUAAUCUUCGAUCGGACAUUUAUCAAGAAUCGGCGAAUAAUUCCAGCAGCGAAGACGAUUCCAAGCUGUUGACCGUCGAUUUCCAACAAAUUCAGCAUCCCAUAAAUGCUUCGUUGUUCGAGCAAAUAUCUUACAACACUCCAAUCACUCCGUUCGAAUCAUUCUCAAGCGAUCAAAUAUUCUCGAAUCCUCGAAUUCAACCAACUUCGAUCAAUCGACAAGUUCAAUCGUACAACGAAUCGACGACACCAAAAUACAGCAUCAAAUUUGCGAGUAAAAACAUGAGAUACCUUAACCUAGACGGAAGCGUGGAGCCCGCCAUUAAGAAGAACGGCGAUGGCGGGGAAUUCAAAUCAACAGAAAUGGAUCCCGUCGUCUCGAAAGUGCCUAAACCCGUCGAUAGCCAUUGGAGAGUGCUUCGAGGCGUAAAUCUACGAUCGAAAGAGGCAAUAGUGUCGGCGAAUAAACAGAGUCAUGGAGGUUCUCGAGAAAGAAGCGAUCGCAACGAUGAUGCGUUUUUUAGAGGCGUCCCGGAGGUCUAAUGAUAGCGCGAUGAAUUAUUCACGAGGAAACACAGUCGCGAUAAAGGAGCAAGGGUGUUGUUUGGAAAAAAGAAAUGGAAAACAAAACGAGAUCUGGAUUCGACGAACAAUGUGGAAUAGAGUCGAAUAUAAAUAAUUCAGGGGAGCAGCGUGGAAUCCAUGUCGAGAAAUGGAUCGCAAAACAGUUUGAAGUCGUUGCAAGUUCAUUCAGAAUGAUGCAUUAAAAAUAUUCUUUAAACAAAUAAUCUUAGUCUUUAGUAUAAUCUUUUAGAAUUUUUAUUUAGAUUUAUUCUUCUUUGUUAUUUUGCUUGUUGACUUUGUUAUGAUUCUUCGGUUAAUAACACAUUUAUUUCUUAAGAUUCUUUAGUAUAAUAUUAACGUAUGAAUUGUGAAAUAAAUAAAAAUGUCAAUUAAAAUGUAUUAAAAUGAAUAAAGAAUUGGCGCCAUUUAUUGUGAACAAUUAUAAUAUAUUGCGAACAAUUAUAAGAAUAGAUAGAGUAUAAAUAUUUUUGUUAAAAUAAAAUUUUAUCAAAAAUAAUUGA